CCACCUUCCUCACCGGCGGAGAUCACCAAAGCAAGUCUGAAGAAAGCAACACACCCAUCAAUCGAUCGCCCUUCCGAUUCCAGAUACACCAACCAAAUCCUCGACCAGCGGCGCUAAUCACCACCGAUUCGACCGACAAUGUCGCUGAUCCCCCGCGGCACCGGGUUCGACCCCUUCUCCCUCGGCUUCUGGGACCCCUUCGACAGCUUCCCCUUUGGCACGGGCGCCGGCGGCGGCAGCCUCGUCCCGCGCGCCCCCUCGUCCUCUGAGACGGCGGCCUUCGCGGGCGCGCGCAUCGACUGGAAGGAGACUCCCGAGGCGCACGUGUUCAAGGCGGACGUGCCGGGGCUGAAGAAGGAGGAGGUCAAGGUGGAGGUGCAGGACGGCAACGUGCUCCAGAUCAGCGGCGAGCGCAGCAAGGAGCAGGAGGAGAAGACGGACACCUGGCACCGGGUGGAGCGCAGCAGUGGCAAGUUCAUGCGCAGGUUCAGACUCCCCGACAACGCCAAGGUGGAGCAGGUCAAGGCCGCUAUGGAGAACGGCGUGCUCACCGUCACCGUGCCCAAGGAGGAGGCCAAGAAGCCCGACGUCAAGUCCAUCCAGAUCUCCGGCUAGACGUUCGAGUGUGUGCACCGCGCCAUGGAGAUGACAGCAUCAGUACAAUAAUGGGGUGGAGUCUGUAGCUAAGUCUGCUGAAUAAAUUCAGAGUCUGGUCCGUCUGGAGUGUGUGCUGUCGAGUUUGUUUCCUCAGUGUCCAGUGUAUCUUUCGAGCCUUCGAGGUAGUGGCUCUUCGCGUGGUUGUGUUGGUGUUUUGUGUUGAAAUUUUCAUGUUCUAUUAUCAGCUUGUUUAGUGGAAAUCCGCAAGUGUGAUCUUUUUCGAAA